AUGAGCUCGUCGCCGCUACUCUCUGGCGGCGCACAAGGCCCGCUACGACCUGUCGACCGCCUCAAGCUCCGACUGCGGCAUGCCUGCACCCGCCGCGCCGCCCUUGUCGUCCUCGGCGGGCUCGUCGUCCUGUGGCUCGUCGACCGAGGUUGGCACGGCACUGCUCUCGAGCGGCACCGACGAGCGGCGCGACGGGCGCAGCGGCUCGAAGGGUUCUCCGAGUCGAGGAUGGAGCUCGUACCGGCGGGCCUCAAGUCGCCGUUCGACCUCCCCUUCGACGACCUCCUCGCCCACCCUGUCCUCGCCGCGCACCGCACCCCGUCCUGUCGCCUCAACACCUUCCAGCAGGACCGCUACGCGCCCUUGCUCCCGUCGUACGGCUCGGGCGGCAGGCGAGCGCACGCCGUCAAGCCGACGCCGCCGCACGACGUUCCUCGGCACCACCUCACCUACUUCGUCGCCAUCAACCUGGUCGACUCGGCGAGCGUCGUCCCCUCCCUCGUGCGCGCCCUGUACACGGUCCUGUCGUCCCUCGGCCCGUCGCGGUUCCACGUCUCGGUGUACGAGAACGGCAGCAGCGACGACACGCCGGUCCAGCUGUUCCUCCUCGCCAAGGUCCUGCGGCAGCUCGGCGCCGGCUUCACCAUCGUCAGCGACCCGAAGCGGCGAGCCGGGUGGACCCAAGGCGAGCGCAUUCAGGGCCUCGCCGGUCUGCGCAACCUCGUCCUCGAGCCCCUGUUCGACUCGCCGGCCGGCUCGUUCGACCGGGUCCUGUUCCUCAACGACGUCCACCUGUGCGAGGCCGAGCUCCUCGAGAUCCUCCUGCAGCACGAGGUGCAAGGCGCCGACAUGAGCUGCGGCAUGGACUGGAAGGAGCUCCGCAUCCCCGAGUUCGAGGACGACUACCCGCUCCUGUUCUACGACGUCUGGGUCGCUCGCGACAUGCAGGGCCUUCCCUUCUACGAGAUCAAGCAGCCCGGCGGCGACUGGGCUCUGCCCUCGCCCGUCCUCCCCAUGUCCGCCUCUCGACCUCGUUACGAGUCGCUCCUCCCGAUCCAGGUCUACUCGUGCUUCAACGGCGUUGCCGUCCUCGACGCGGCCCUGUUCCUCCCGCCGCACUCGCUCCGGUUCCGAGCCGGCUCGGGCGGCGGCGACGAGCACAGCGAGUGCUUCGUCCUGUGCAGCGACAUCUGGCGCGUCCUGUCGCCCGUCCGCCUCGACGGUACGCCCAACAAGGACGGCCGGGGCGCCCGCAUCCAGGUCGUGCCGCGAGCGAGCGUCGGGUACCGCGUCGACGAGUACGACAAGGCGCGCCAGGACCGCAACACGACGGCGUUCGAGCUCGACGGCGACGAGCGCAGGGCGCAGCAGGCGUCCGAGAUGGUCGAGUGGGAGCGGUGGCCGCCCAAGCUCGUUACGACAUAUCCUUUCGCACGAUGGGACGAGCAGAUCUCUAUACCACCCUUCUAGACUACCCCAUGCCCUGAGCGCACCUGUAACGAGUCUUUCGCGCC